AUGGCCGAGGGAAGUAAUCCCCCGUUAAAUAACAUUUCAUCGAGAGACGGGGGCUACCAUGAUCUCCCAUUCCCCUGGGCGGUAACCGUACUGGCCAGUGUUCUGAUCACUACAAUCGUAGUCGAUAUUUUGGGCAACCUGUUGGUGAUCAUCUCUGUCUUCAGAAACAAGAAACUCAGGAAAGCAGGUAAUGCCUUUGUGGUUAGCUUGGCUAUUGCGGACCUGGUCGUGGCCAUCUACCCCUACCCACUGGUCCUGACGGCUAUCUUCCAUGACGGCUGGAUUGCGGGUUAUAUCCACUGCCAGAUCAGCGGCUUCCUGAUGGGCCUGAGUGUCAUUGGCUCAAUCUUCAACAUCACCGGCAUCGCCAUCAACCGCUACUGCUACAUCUGCCACAGCCUUAAGUACGACAAGCUCUUCUCCAACAAGAACACCGCGUGCUACGUCAUCCUGGUGUGGGUGCUCACAAUCCUGGCCAUCGUGCCUAACUGGUUCGUGGAGUCUCUGCAGUACGACCUGCGGGUUUACUCCUGCACCUUCGCCCAGUCAGUCAGCUCGCUGUACACCAUCACGGUGGUGGUGGUGCACUUCAUUCUCCCCAUCAGCAUUGUCACCUACUGCUACCUGCGCAUCUGGAUCCUGGUCAUCCAGGUGCGUAAACGGGUGAAGCCCGACAACCGGCCCAAGAUCAAGCCCCACGACUUCCGCAACUUCCUCACCAUGUUUGUGGUGUUUGUGCUCUUCGCCGUGUGCUGGGCGCCCCUGAACUUCAUCGGCCUGGCAGUGGCCAUGAACCCGCGGCUGGGCAUGGCCAUCCCAGAGUGGCUCUUCACCGCCAGCUACUUCAUGGCCUACUUCAACAGCUGCCUGAACGCCGUUGUCUACGGGGUCCUCAAUCACAACUUCCGGAAGGAAUACAAACGCAUCGUGCUGGCCGUCUUCAAGCUGCGCUGCUGA